AAUUUCUUUACAAUAACAUGUUCCUAACCUAGUAAUGAUUUCAAUCACGAAAUUGAUAUACAUAUUUUAAAAAUUGAGUUUUUAAAUAAAAUAAUCCUGAUGCUAAAAGUUAAAGUAUAUAUGUUAAAGUAUAAUAUAAUCUUAAGUAUUUUUUGAAAGAAUUACAUAUAAUACGAAAAAUUUUAAAUAAUGAUACGACCGCCAGUGUUACUUAAUAUUAAUGCAUUAACAGUACGAAAUUUAAAUGUUUAUGAUCAUUUAAUAUCCAAUGGAUCUUAUAUUCAAUGUGUACGAUGGAAAAGAAAACCAAUUUGGUUACCAACAGCAAAAUCUAAGAUAUUUAGAGUACCACAAAGACCAGUCAUACCUAUAGAAGAUCAGUGUGAACUUAAACGUUUAUUCAAUAAUUAUAGAACAUUAAUGAAAUCUUUAAUGUCUUUUUUUGUUGAAAAAGAAGAAGAAAGAAAAAAGAAUUUGGAUUUUAAUAUUGUAAAAAUGAAUAUAGAGAAAGAUUUUGAAAUAUGUUCUAAUAUAAAUAAUCAAUGGAACAAAGAAAUAGCUAUGAUACGACAAGAAAGAUUAAGUCAAGAAAGAACUUAUCGUAUACAAGAAAUUCAUAAAAAAUUAAAAGAAAAAAAGGAAAGAGAUUUAAAAAUGCAAGAAAUUAUAGAUGCAAAUAUCAAAAAGGUAAAAGAAGAAGCUACAACAUUUAUUACAUCUAAAAAUAUAGAUGAAGCUAUUCUGAAUGCAUUGGAAAAUAUUAUAGAUCAUAAUAUUGCAAUUGAUCGUGAUGGUAAUUUUUACAAAGAUGAACCUAAAAAAAAUGAAUCAUCUACUACAUCUAAUUAAACAAAUUAAAAUAAAUGUUAUAUUAUAAAUAGUUUGUAUCUUAGAAAUUAAUUUCUUUUAAUAAAUAAA